GAUAAUGCCAUUGUAUUUGUGUCUGUGUGUGUAUGUGAAUGCAUAUGUGUGUGUCUAUUCGUCACAUACGAUCACCGUAAUCUUCAGCUGAAUAAUGAAGAAUGAUGAAACUUCAUCAUGAGUUUCAUCACGUCUCUUUCACUUUCUGAAAAGUAAAACCACCUGAAUCUCAGAAAACAACAACUCGAGAGUCCAAACAAUGGGAAAAUCUGACGUUUCACUGUGACACUGAAACCAUCAUGUAUCACAACCCUAAUUAAUUCACCAGUGUCACUUUAACCUUUCCAAAGAUGACUGAAAAUAUGUACGAGACCAAUCAGUUCACUAACCACACCAACGGGAACUAUUUAUUCCAGCACAGCCCGAGCGCAUUGAGCGCAUCUCAUUAUAGCUUACCAAACAUGAUCCAAACAUCUCCUCGACUCAACCAAGAGCAUCUAACGUCUCCAGGAACUCCAGGACAUGAGCUUUCACCAAUGCUUGACAGUGUCGGGAGUUGGGAAUACAAUCAGUGCGGAAGAACUCCAUCAUGGGGAUCGUCAUCUCACGAAGACCUCCAAGAGACAUCUCGAAUUUAUCCGUUCAACGUCGCAUCUCAAAACAACCCUUCGAUGAUUUGUAAAGACAAUCCUCAAAGGCUGGAUUCAUUCUCCAAGGCAUUCCCCACGAAGAACGUCCAUCUUUUCUUUGGCGAAACGAGUAGGGAUGAAAAGAUGUCUGAAGUUUUCACUCAAAGUCAUUUAGGUAGAUUUGAAAGGCCAUCUGUAGAGUCGUCGGUUUUUAAUCAGCAACUGAUGUGCGAUCAGUCCAGCUUUAACAUGUCAGAAAGCCUUUACCAAAACCACCAGCAGCUUCAUUAUGGAUACCAACAGAAACAGAAAGCCAACAACAUGGAGCAGGUCAACAGAAAUCUCCAUAACAGCUCCUGGCAUCCCUCACACGGCUAUCAAAACCAUCCCAUGGCAUAUCAAAUGGCUCUGGGUCAACAACAAAGAGGGAUGUUUGCUAAUAAAACUCACCUGGAUUCUUGGGAAAGCCUCGAAUCUCCAUCUUAUGAACACAGACAGGAUUUUAAAGUCCCGGAGCAGCAGAUUUUCCACUAUCAGGACCAACAACAACAUCUUCGUUCGCUUUCCCUAAACACCAACCAGUACCUUCAGUCUCCAGAUCAGCCUGUAGAGCAAAACAGCAUGUUUGGUGAUGCUCGUAAUUCUGCUCCGAACACUCCGGUGUUUUCCAGUCCCAAUAAGGAUCAGUCUGGAUUCAGCUGCAGGAGUGAUGAUCUUUACCAGACCAAGAGUUCAGCGGUCUGCAAAGCUCCUCCACAGACUGGUGUAAGAGGAGAUGUUUUGAAGCAUUUCACACAGCGUGCAGCUCAGUGGUCAAAGGCAUCUUCACCAGAUGUUAAAGAUGAGGCCGUUUCACCUCAUUUCAGAGCAGACGCCGGCCUGUCAAGAGAUGAGGGAUCAUAUGCCAAGAUGAAAUGCACUGUUUGUCAGAGGGAGUUUAAGAGUCUUCCAGCUCUGAACGGACACAUGCGCUCACAUGGAGGCCUGCGAACACACCCCGUCAACCUCAAAAUGAGAGACGGGCAAAUGAAUCUGUGUGCUGAAGUUCCUCAAGCGAACCCCAUCAUCUUACCCGUUUCAGUCCCGGUCAAGGAUUAUCAAUCCCAGAACAAACUCACACUCCUGUGCCAGCAGAAAGAUGAUGGUUUAAUGAAGUCUGGUGCGCAGGCCCCCCUCCCGCCACUCCGAAACCACCCUUCCUGUGUAAAGAAAUCAAACUCAGACGGAGAAUCUGCACCAAAGCAAGUGAAGAAGAGAUACCGCCACUGUCUGGUGCCACUGAUGAUUCCUCCGCCCAGAGCCGGUCAGGAAUCUCGAGGCGCUGUGCUCUUCCGCAGUCAGCUGAGGACGGCCAGCAGCAUGUCUGACGACGCACCAUACACCCCUCCACCAAUGCUCAGCCCCGCACGCCCCGGGUCAGGCCUCUUCAGUGCGGUCAGCGGCCGGCCAAACGUCCAAUCUACUCCAGACAGACUGCUCUCCAGGGCUGGAGAAUUGGAUGACUGUGGCGAGACUUUAAAAGAGACAGCCAUUAACGGGACACCUCGUAUUAAUAUUGGCGAGGAGUUUCAAGCUAAGAUUCCAAACAUUAAAGGUCAAUCUCUCACCGAGGAGGAUUCCCAUAAUGCUGUUCUUCUGUGGUCGCAAACUAAAGACAUGGAGAGCCCUGAUAACCAGCACAAAGUGGACAAUCUUCUGAAAAUGGCUUGUUCGAGUGUGCUACCAGGCGGCGGAGCAAACACAGAAUACGUCCUUCACUGUCUCUUUGAGUGCAGAGGAGACAUUAUGAAUACAGUUGAAAAGCUCCUCCUGCCCACGCUGAUCAGACACACAUCCAACCUCAAAACAGACUACCAUUACGCAGGAUCGGACAGAUGGACGCUUCAGGAGAAACGGCAGCUAAACAAAGCACUUCUGCUUCAUCACAAAGACUUCUAUCUUGUACAGAAAAUGGUCAAGACAAAGUCUGUGGCUCAGUGUGUGGAGUACUAUUACACAUGGAAAAAACGUUUGCGUUUGUGCUCGAGAAUCAGUACGGCUCUGGCUACACCAGUUCAAGACGUGCAGGGAGACUGGGCAGCAAACAACCACAGCGAACCGAAGAAAGAAUCCAUCAGCAAAAGCAGGGACUCAGAAAACUCCAGUGCUGUGUUUGUCUGUGAACAGACAAAUGAAGAAACGUGGACCCAGAGCAAUCUCCGUCUGCUCUGCAGCUCUCCAGCAGAGCACAGACCAUCCACUCUGACCGAGACUUUGGGUUCGGCUUCUGUAAGGAGUUCUCCAUCCAACAGCACCACCAGCGGAGACACCGAUUUAGCCCUCUUCCCCUGCACAGAGUGUGGAAAGGUAUUUUUGAAGGUAAAAAGUCGAAACGCCCACAUGAAGACGCACCGCCAGCAGGAAGAAACACUGUUGUGGCAGUUUCCCAGAGUUAAUGACCAAGAUCAUGCGAUUGUGACAUCUGGCUUCCCUGUUGCACCACUAAAAGAGCCCAUACGCCUUCAUUCGUUAUCAUAUCCCAGAAACACGGCGGCCAAAACAUCCUUAAAUGACAUGUGCAGUGAGUCAGAACAGGAAAUGGACUGUUCGCUGAAGUCACUUCCUGUCCUGCAGAGUCCUUUGAACUUCAUGUCAAGUUAGUAGCUUAAAGGUUGAGCAAACUGAAUCAGGGAUUUUUUGUAGACUACAAAACAGACUGAUUUAUGUAAAUAGUACGACUGUAUGUAUAUUAAAACUAUUGCUAUGGCACUAGUGUGGUGCAAUGUGACUAUAUAUAUCGUAUGGACAAAAUAAAA